AUGUCGGCUUCUUCAGUCCGGGCCACUGUCGGGGCUGUGAGUAAGAGGAAGCUGCAGCCCACACUGGCCGCCCUCACCCUGAUACCUUCAGCAGUAAACAAGAUAAAACAGCUUUUUAAAGAUAAGCCUGAACAGGGAGGUCUGAAAGUUGGUGUCCAAACCAGGGGUCCUAACGGCCUUUCUUACACUCUAGAAUAUACAAAGACAAAAGGAGAUUCUGUUGAAGAAGUUGUUCAAGAUGGAGUCAGAGGGUUCAUCGAAGAGAAAGCACAACUAACACUUUUAGGAACAGAAAUGGACUGUGUUGAUGAUAAAUUAUCCAGUAACUAUCCAGUAAUUAUUCAAUAA